AUGGCGAACCUCGACACCACCUGGCCCCACCUCCCCGCCCACGCGCCCGCCCCGGCUCUCUGGCCAUGCCCCGCCUGGUUCUCCCCCGCCGCCGCCGCCUUCGAGAACGACGCGCUCGCCUCGGCCCUCGCACACGCCUCCGCCUCCGCCUCGCCGUCGUCCCCGACCCCGUCCUCCUCCACCACCACCACCACCACCUCCUCCGCGUCCGAGCUCUCCUCCGUCCCCUACGACGUUCCACCCGCGCACGCGCAGCCGGCGACCUGCAGGCCCGUCCCCGCGCCGCGGCAGUGCACGGGCCGCGUCUCCAAGCGGAAGCCCCGCCCGUCCCGCCGCCCGCCCACCACCUACAUCACCGCCGACCCGGCCGACUUCCGCCGCAUGGUGCAGAAGAUCACCGGCUUCAACGUCCCCGGCGCCGCCGAGCGCGCCUACCCCGCAGCGGCGCCGCGCAGGCCGGAACCGCUCGCGUUCGUGCUCCCCACGCUCGACACGUCCGCCUGCUUCAUGCUCGACCAACCGCCGUUUCCGCCGCCGCCGCAGCAGCAGCGUUGGGAGGACAACACGUCAAGCGGCGCGGCGACCGGAAUGGCGGCGGCGGCGGGUGAUGGAGCGGACGAGCCGUCGCUGCUGCUGAUGCAUGAGCUGGAGGCCAUGAUGAGCGCGCCGGGCGCCGCGUCCGGCUUCCCCACAUUGGAGAGCUGGGGAAUCAUCUGA